CUUGUUGAAGAAUUUCAAGUUUUAUAUGCAGUAAGUGUAAUUAUUUUUUUAAUAUCACCAUAUCACUUUACCUAUUUACUUGCCUUACUUUCAACAAUUAGGGAGUCUUCAAGAUGUCAACUUUGCGAUUUAGAAGGGAAGAACAAUUUGUGGUAUUAUCAUACUGAGACAUUCUGAUUUCUUCUCUGUGCAGAAACUCCCUAUUGCAGACUAUAUAGAGAGAAAAGGGAUGACAUGGCUUAUGCUGCUAUUACUUCUCUUAUGAUCACAAUUCGUCGCAUUCCUAAACUCGCUAUUCCAUCAUACACAUACUAUUGGAAGAUUCUAUCUUUGAGAAUUAUAAUGGAGAAAUCCUACAAUAUAAAAGGGGAUAUUGAGGACUUGACAAGAUUGGAAGCUGAAAUCAUAGAGCUAGCAUGCAUCACAGAAGAUAUGAUUAACUCAGAAUCAAGAAAAGUUUCCUUAGCGAAAAACCGAAUUUCACGAAGAAUAGCUGUUUGGAAACUUAAUUUCCUCUUGAAACGAGCAGUAGGACGCAUUUAUUCCACCGUGAUGAAGUGGAUAAGAAUGAUGAACAGCAAAGAUCUGAAAGCACAAAAUUUGACCCUCGAAAGUACAUCUCAACAUGCCUUACAACAGACUGAGAGUAUGAUGAUUGCCUGUGAAAAUGAAUUCGAGAUGAUACGGGAUCAACUUACUACAGGGACAAGCCAACUAGAUGUUGUUUCAAUUGUAGGUAUGGGAGGCAUUGGUAAGACAACUUUGGCUAAUAAGAUUUACAAUGAUCAGUUCAUUUUGUCUCGCUUUGACAUACGUGAAAAAGCUACUGUUUCACAAGAGUAUUGCGCGAGAAAUGUACUCAUAUGCCUUCUUUCUUCUGUAAGUGGAAGUAGAAAAAUUGAUGAAUCUUAUGAGCAGCAAGAUGAUGGGCAACUAGCAGAUCGACUCCAAAAGCUUUUAAAAGGCAAGAGAUACCUGAUUUUCAUCGAUGAUAUAUGGGCUAAAGAAGCUUGGGAUGAUGUAAAACUAUGUUUCCCGGACUGUAACUGUGGAAGCCGAAUACUCCUAACUACUCGGAAUAUGGAAGUGGCUGAAUAUGCUAGCUCAGGUAAACCCCCUUGUCAAAUGAGUCUCUUGAAUCAUGAUGAAAGUUGGAACUUACUGCGCAUAAAAGUCUUUGAGAAUGCCUGUUUUCCCCCUGAAUUUGAAAAAGUUGGGAUACAAAUUGCAUUAAAUUGCAAAGGAUUGCCUUUAGCAAUUGUUGUGAUUGCAGGACUUCUCUUGAAAAUUGGUAAAUCAUUGGAUGAGUGGAAAAGUGUUUCCGAGAAUAUAACUUCCUUGAUAAGCACAGAUCUUGAUGUCCAGUGCAUGAGAGUGCUCGCUUUGAGUUACCAUCACUUGCCUCAUCACCUAAAACCCUUUUUUCUUUAUUUUGCAACCUUCCCCGAGGAUGAACAAAUUUCUGUGAAUAAACUUGUGAACUUAUGGGUGGCAGAGGGUUUUUCGAGCAAAGAAUAUGCAGAUGUGAACUUAAGGGUGCCAGAGGGUUUUUCGAGCAAAGAAUGGGCGGCAAAGCGUUUUCCGAGCGAAGAAUAUGCAGAACAAUGUCUCACAGAUCUUAUCGAUAGAAGUUUAAUUUUCAUCCACCAUUUGAGUUUUGACGGAAAAAUCAAAGCCUGCGGAAUGCAUGAUGUGAUCCGUGAACUCUGCUUGAGAGAGGCUAAUAAUUUAAACUUUGUGAAUGUUAUAACUGAAGAUCGAAUCUCACGUGAACAAACCAGACAUUUUUCCACAAAGCGCCGGAUCAGCGUUCAGUCAGAGCAAUCCUCUUUUGUUGCCAAUCAGUUGGCCACGGUUAAUUAUAAUAAUGUCCGAUCCAUUCUCCUUUUCACCCGAAAUCCCUCAAAUUCAAGAAUAAUGCAAGAGUUGGUGCGUUUCAAGUUCUUACGGAUACUAGAACUCGCUUCACCAACGUUGGAUGCUUUUCCCAGUUGUGUAGUUGAUAUAUCUCUGCUGCGAUACCUAGCUUUGACUUUUUACUCAUCCAUUAACGAUCAUGAUAUUAACGUUCCUCCAUCAAUAGCUAGACUUCAAUCUUUGGAUACUUUUAUACUUAAAUUUCCAAAAUAUUAUGGAUGCCCGAAAACUUCCUUCACAUUACCUGGUGAAAUUUUCAAGAUGUCGCAAUUGAGGAACCUCUGCUUGGAUAGGAAUAACAUGGUUCCUCAUAAGUAUGAAGGGACUUUGCAUAAUAUGCAGUGUUUGUCCGGGUGGAAUCCUUUAUAUUGUGAUUAUCAAUUCACUCUUCAUGUUCCUCGUCUAAGGAAGUUGUUGAUAUGCGGUAACCAACAAGACUACAUACAAAGCAACAAAGAGACUCGCCUCCAUAAUCUUUUGUACUUCUUUCAGCUUGAGGAGUUGAAAUUUUAUGGGAUUCCACAUUCAGUACUUCCUCCUCCAAAAGCUUUUCCGGAGAACCUUAAGAAGUUAGCUUUGACCAAUACUUGUUUGAAUUUGGAGGAUUUGCGAAUUCUUGGUAAGUUGCCCAAACUCGAGGCCCUCAAACUAAGAUUUGCUUCCUCCAGUUAUAUUGGUAAAGAGUGGGAAGUUGCUGAAGAAGGGUUUCCACAGUUGAAGUUCUUGUUGCUGAACCGCUUGAACAUCAAGUACUGGAGAGCCAGUAGUGAUCAGUUUCCAUGCCUUGAACGACUAUUCCUUGAGGAAUGUAUGAAUAUGGAUUCAGUCCCAGAAGAUUUUGCAGAGAUAACCACACUCCAGCUGAUUGAUAUACGCAUGUGUAAGGAAUCAGUUGUCAAUUCUGCCAAGAAGAUUCAACAGGAUGUUGAAGACAACUAUGGAGGUUCUAUUGAGGUGCAUUUUCUCUACAUCCUUUAGGUCGUCUUUUUUCUUGAAUUAAUUUAAUAAUUGUAACUUGUAUUCAUGUAUCUAGUUAAUGAGAUAUGUAACAACAUGUGAUUAUACCAUUUCAAUUGUCUUUGAGGAUCUGAUUA